UUUCACAAAAACAGUCCCCCCUUUUCAACUUUGCAAGUAUACACACACACACACACACCCCCCUUUAAUUCUAAACCAUCCAAUUCCCACAAAUGUCCGACGACCCACCCACCACCACCACCACCACCACCACCACACCACCACCAGACCCAACCCCAUUUUCACUACCUCUCAUUUUAACCAACCAAGACACCACCUUUUCACCACCAUCAUCCACCACCACCACCACCACAUCUGAGCUAACAGAACAACCAGAAAGACUCACAAACACUAGUUACACAACCCCAGAAACCAAUAACAACAACAGUAAUCAAGAUUUAUCAGAACUUGAACAACUGUCACUCACUGAGCUCAAACACCUUGUUCAAGAAGCAAUAACCAAUAAAGAUUUCUACUUUACACCAAACCCAGAAGAACCCACAUCAGAAUUGAUAUCAAAUCAUGAAGAUGUCACAAUUUGGGGGAUUCCACUUCUCAAAGAUGAAAGAAGUGAUGUGAUCUUGAUCAAGUUCUUGAGGGCUAGAGAGUUUAAGGUAAAUGAAUCUUUUACAAUGCUUAAGAACACACUUAGGUGGAGAAAAGCAUUUAGUAUAGAUGAUUUGGUUAAUGAGAAUUUGGGUGAUGAUCUUGAAAAAGUUGUGUUUAUGCAUGGGAAUGAUAAAGAGGGGCACCCAGUUUGUUAUAAUGUGUAUGGUGAGUUUGAGAAUAAAGAGCUUUAUUAUAAGACAUUUGCUGAUGAAGAAAAGAGAACAAGGUUUUUGAAGUGGAGGAUUCAGUUUCUUGAAAGGAGUAUUAGGAAGUUGGAUUUUAGGCCUGGUGGGAUUAGUACUAUUUUUCAGGUUAGUGAUUUGAAGAAUUCGCCCGGGCCCGGGAAGCGCGAGUUACGGUGGGCUACGAAGCAAGCUUUGCAGCUGUUGCAGGAUAAUUACCCUGAGUUUGUUUCGAAACAGGUAUUCAUUAACGUACCAUGGUGGUAUUUGGCUUUUUAUUCAAUGAUGAGCCCGUUCAUGACUCAAAGAACUAAGAGCAAGUUCGUGUUUGCCAGCCCUGCAAAAACCGCCGAAGUCCUUUUCAAAUAUGUGAGUCCGGAGCAUGUACCGAUUCAGUAUAGUGGGCUGAGCAUAGUGGAUAAUUGUGAUUGCAACCCAGAAUUUACAACCGAUGAUCCAGUUGCCGUUGUUACUGUUAAACCAAUGACCAAACAAACUGUGGAGAUUAUCGUAAAUGAGAAAUGCACUUUGGUGUGGGAGCUAAGAGUGGUAGGGUGGGAAGUAAGCUACGGCGCUGAAUACGUGCCAAAUAACGGAGACAAUUACACCAUUAACAUACAAAAGCCGAAAAAAAUGGCACCAACCGAUGAACCGGUUAUAAGCCAUAGUUAUAAGAUCAAUGAACUCGGUAAAUUACUUCUCACAAUCGACAACCCGACUUCAAAGAAGAAGAAGCUGCUUUACAGGUUCAAAGUUGACCCUCUUCCUGAAUGAAGAACAUAUACACUUUUGAUACUGCAAAGUUUAUGAUGGGUUUGUUUGUGUUAACCGGAUUUGGAAUACCUGUUUUCUUCUUUUGUUGUUAACCUGUUUAUCGGUUCUUCUUGUAUUUCUUAUAUACUUUUCUGGGGUGGAAGGAUGUGUAUGUAAAUGGUUGUUUGGUUUCAGACUGGUGUGUCUUGAUGAUAUUUUAUCUUGGUUUGAUAUGCAACAAUGGCAAAAGAAUUUAACUA